AUGGCCGAUGCUCCAUCACAACUGCCUGGAGGCAACCCGCUUCCUUCUGGCGCCGGAUUCCAAAACCCGGAGAAACAGAACAAUGGAGAAACACUGCAAGACAAACCAAUUACCAUGCAGGAUAACACUUCUCUAGAAUCAAACUCCACCCCUAAACCUACUGCUGGUGUUCCUCCCCCGCCAACAACAGCUUCAACAACCUCUCGCGGCGUCACCCCAUCCGUAGACAACGAGUCUUCUACAAAUAAACACCACGAUAACCGGGAUAUCAUCAUGGGCGGUGGAUAUGAAACAAGAGGUGCUUAUCGGGGAAACGGUGCUGGGGGAAUAGGCGGCGCGAAUGCAACCCCGCAAGCCCAUGCUACUGGUGCUCCAGCACGUAUAUACAUGAAUGAAAAGAUUGUCCCAUAUCUUCUUGAGGGUAUGAAGAUGGUAGCCAAAGACCAACCUAUGAACCCGCUACAAGUGUUAGGGGAAUACCUCAUACAAAGGAGCGGUGAAAUUGGGGAGACUGCUAGGGAACAGUCGACAACCUGA